AUGUUGGGUAAACUGUACUCAUACGCAACCCUUGUGAUUUAUGUUGGGUUCACCCUUGAUCUUUGUGUAUUUGAGGCCAUCUCCGACGACCCCGGGUUCCGCGGCUCCUGGUUCGCCGGCACCGUCAUCCGCCGCGAGGCGAAGAACCCUAAUCGCUACGUAGUCGAGUACGACCAGCUCUACGAGGACGAAUCUGGGGAGAAGCUGUUGCAAGAAACCCUCGAUUAG